AAUUUGAAAUUGAAAUAUGAAUGCAAUGUGGAGUGACGAAUGUAUUUGUAAAUUAAACUUGAUAAUCGAUGUGCAUGGUGAAUGCAUGUCCUAUAAUCUGUUGUGAAUUCCCCUUCAAAAAAUAUAUUUGCGCGACAUACAUACAUUCAUCGCUAAAGGUUUGGAAGGAUCUGAAUGAUGCCGAGUAUCGUCGUCAUUUGUAUAUGCGUGAACGUUCCUAUGCCUCCGAGCCGGGAUCACGCAUUCAACUCAAGCUGGACGCUGAGAAGGAGAUCAAUGAACUGGACGAAUUGGAUCAAGAUCGCGACGAUCGCGAUGAUGACGACGAUGAUACCAUUGAGUGUGACAUUGGUAUACGCACUUCAACGCUCUCCGAGCCGCUCGACUUUGGUCGUCGCAGUCAGACGUUGCUCGAGAUACAAUCUCCACCACCUGAGCAGUUCCCCUGUCCCGAUCCAGAUCCAGAUCCAGUUGUGAGUGUGCAGCAAACACAAAACAAAAAGCAAACAAAAUAAGAAAAUUCUUUAAUUGGCGCACAACAAGUGUUUCUUUCAUUAUGUAAUUCACUCUCGUUAUAAAUGCGCUGCAAACAACAACUACAACCAACCAGUUGGCGCACACUUUAUAUACUCUCUAUACAUAUGUUAUAUAUAUAUAUGUAUAUACAAGAUUUACAUAUCUUUAACUUUUACCUCAGCUUUAUUUCGUUCUUUGCGUGUCGAUGUUGAAAAGCAACACACAUAAGUCAUGACUUCGCUAACAACUCUUUCUAUUGC